GGGCUCGGCUUCAACUGAGAAGGAGGAGCCGGAGGCGGCGCGAUGGAAACCCGCCGCGCUAAUUUGCAGGAGCCCCAACCGAAAUAAUUCGCGGGAAAAGAGAGAAAGAGAGAGAGAGAGAGAGAAAGUAGCGUUGAAAAAAAAAAAAAGAAGAAGAAAGAAAGGAGGAGGGGUAAAGAUGGCGCUCCGUGGCUUCCAGGGUGCUUCCAGACAACCUCGGCCACCCCAGGGCGCACGGAGAGUUUUCUGAACUUGGAGAUGCGCUCGGGACACCCCGCUCGUUGGCGCAGAGGAGAGCCAAGAGCCCCUUAACUUCUAAGCUUUCCUCUCCUCUCGGGACGUUUCCUUCUCCCCUGGCCAUGGAGCCCGGCUGGGAGCCGACCUGGUAGGAGCCUCCUCCUUCCCCCACCCACGCACCCCAACGCAGCCUCGUCCGGAUCCUCAAAUAAUAGCCCAGGAACAUGGGGACUCCUGACCCUGGGCGCACUUAUGCAGCCCUCGGACACCUGCAACAAUCGAUGGUGGAUUGGGUGGCCAGAACUCAGGACAGUCGGCGAGAGCUGAUGGCUAAAUUGCCCGAAGGACAAUAUGUCUUAUGCCGCUGGACUGAUGGACUUUAUUAUCUUGGGAAGAUUAAGAGAGUGAGUGAAGCUAAGCAAAGUUGCCUGGUGACCUUUGAAGAUAAUUCGAAAUAUUGGGUGCUAUGGAAGGACAUCCAGCAUGCUGGUGUCCCCAGUGAACAGCCUGAAUGUAACAUCUGCUUGGAGAAGACAUCGGAACCUCUGAAUGAGAUCUUGAUCUGUGGGAAAUGUGGAGUUGGGUACCACCAACAGUGCCACAUUCCACUGGUGGAGAGCCUGGAAGACUCUUUGGGGACUCCCUGGUUUUGUCGGAGAUGUAUCUUCGUACUAGCCGUGCGGAAAGGCGGGGCCUUGAGGAAAGGAGCCAUCGCUCGGACUCUGCAGACGGUUAAAAUGGUCCUGUGUUAUAAUCCGGAAGAGCUGGAAUGGGAUUCCCUCCACAGAACGAAUCACCAGCAGUGUUACUGCUAUUGUGGUGGUCCCGGAGAGUGGUACCUGAAGAUGUUGCAGUGCCUUCAAUGCCGUCAGUGGUUUCACGAAGCUUGUAUGCAGUGCCUGAACCAUCCCAUGCUUUUUGGAGAUCGAUUUUAUAUUUUCUACUGCACGGUGUGUAAUCAGGGACCGGAGUAUCUCAAACGUUUACCUUUGAGAUGGGUCGAUGUCGUGCACCUUGCCAUCUACAACCUGGGCGUGCAAAGUAAGAAGAAAUAUUUCGACUUUGAGGAAAUCUUAGCCUUUGUCAAUCACCGCUGGGACCAUUUUCAGCUUGGCAAGUUGACUGCAACCCCUGUGGCAGAACGAGGUCCUCUCCUUCUAGAUGCAUUAAACAGUUACAAAAGCAGGUUUCUGUGCGGGAAGGAAAUCAAGAAAAAGAAAUGCAUCUUCCGCCUCCGGGUUCGAGUUCCCCCAAAUCCUCCCAGCAAGAUGCUCCCGGAUAAGUUUGCGGGACGGAGCGAGACAAAGAAAAGGGGGAAAGUCAAAUCCUCCCACAAAAGCAGUUUGCUGCCGCAUCAAUCCCAGCACGAACGGAGAAGGAAAAACCCCAAAUUUCUCUUGGAGGAUGCCAUUCCAAGUAGUGAUUUUGCCUCAGCUUGGAGCACCAACCAUCACCUGGCCUGCAUCUUUGAUUUCUCGCUGGAUGAAAUCCAGAGUCUUAAAAGUGCAAGUUCGGGCCACGGCUUCCUCUCCGAUGUAGACUCCACGGACGCUGCCAGCACGUCGGGCUCGGCCUCGACGAGUUUCUCCUUCGAGUCGAGGACAAACGUCGGAAGCCGGAAGCGCAAACUGUCCGCUAAAACCUACGCGCCGUUCGACGCCAAACCGAAAUCCUCCGAGCGUCUCCGCAGGCUCGUCCCCGGCUGCUCCUUGGAUGGCAGUGACCGUGCCAGCAGUCCGGAUCGCCCAGGGAACGCCAUCGACUGCCAGACUUUGGAGAGCUUGAGCGAAGACGAUUUAUCCCUCUCUCACCUCCAGUCAUCCAUCAGCAGCUAUUUCGGAGCCACCGGCCGGUUAAUCUGCGGAGAGAAAUAUCAAGUGUUGGCUCGGAGGAUCAGCCCAGAAGGAAAAGUGGAAUAUCUCGUGGAGUGGGAGGGCAGCACCCCCUACUGAGGCGUGUCGGGGGCCCGCCAUGUGAAGCCAUAAGAGAGAAACAGGGUGGGGAAUGCAAUCAGGGAAAAACAGUUUGCCCUGAACUGCCUUGGGGAUUAUCUGUUCCAGACUAAAUUUCCAACGGUCCCUGUUGUAAACCCUUUGGGUUGGGCUAGGAAAGAUGGAAAGCGUGGCUUAGCGAUCAGUGACUGUUUAACCUUAGCUCCGUGUGGCCGUUCGGGACAAAAGGGGGAGCGAAUUCCCCGGGGCAGCCCCAUAGAAAUUACAUCACUUGGACAAGAUUGGCACCUAUCUAACGUGGCACUUAUAUUGUCCCGUUGAUAAAGGAUAGCGAGAGAUCACACGUCGAUAGGAUCCAGGAGGGGGUUGAAUGGAUAACCCUGCUUAGCAGGUGGGAUGAGCAGAGAAUUGUAAAACAGGCUGAUUGGAUGGCUGGUGGAGGAAUGCCUAUAAGGAUAAAGCCAAAGGGUGGGGAUUUAGGGACACCUCCAAGCUCCUGGGUGCGGCCCCCCACAAUCCCUUCCUAAACUGGGUUGCAGUUUUAAUGUGACGGAAGGGGGGGAAAGAUUAGCAAAUGCACUAAAGAUGCACACACCUUGAUUCUCUUCCACUUCAUUGGAAGUGGACAUCUGGCGGGUGAGCUUUCUACCCUGUCCGUUUUGGCUCGAUGGUUUGCAAUUUAUUUUAUUUUUUUGACUGCCGUGGAUGAAAGCUGAAAAUUCAGCUAGGAUGGUCCGUUUAUGACAAAUGUCUCAACAGGAGGCGGUUCCCAGCCUAGAAAAAGCACAAAAUUGGCUGUUGCGUUUUUACCUUGCCAAGAUUCCCCUUUUUUUUCCAUUUACAAGUGCCUCUCUCUCCACAUAUAUAUAUGCUGUUAUCCCCAGAGGAAAAGAUUUGCAGAGCAAUACUGAAUCCUAAUUGUAUUUUCCUGCUCCUGUUUGCACAGUUUAACUUGAGGCCCCUGCAGACAAGAGAGGGCCUCUCAAAAUAUAUAUUCUAACCCCCCCCCCCCGAAGGAUUUAUUUGUAUUUUAAAAUAUUAUAAUAAUUAUUUUUGCCUUGGUUUGGACUGAUCUUGUAAACGCUUCUAUGCACCUUCACAAGUCAGGGCCGCUGCUUUUUUUAAUAAGUGGCCUUUUGUGUGUUCGUUCUUAUUCAAAUGGUAAUGAAUGUGUCAGAGGUACAAUUAUUAAAAAAAAAAAAAGA